ACAAGACCGCUCUACCGGGCACACUAUUUUCUCCGCGUUACAACUUGACAAGAUGGACGUCGAACGGUUGCAUGCAAGGCGGCUCCUGUCGCACGGCGCGGUGGCGACCGUUGCUGCCCAGUCGCCCGGGCCGGCCGCGCAGGUGGCCGACGUCAGCACCGGCACGCGCGCAGCAGCGCCCUUGAGCUCGCUGGACGCGACGGUGAUCAAGAUACUGUCGCUGCUGCUAUGCGGCCUCGUGGUCGUACUCGCAGUCCACGUGGUCGUCCGGUGCGCGUUCCGCGUCAUGCGCCGCGUGUGCUACGGCCAGGAGCCCACCGGAGGCGCCGAGUCCGCGGCGCGGGAGAGGGCCUCCUCCUGCCAGUCCGAUCCCAGGAGGAAGCGCGGGACCUUCCACGGGAUGAUCCCGUCGCUGGUCUACUCGCCCGAGGUCGAGCUCGCCGGGUGCAGCGCGGCGGAAUGCGCCAUCUGCCUCACCGAGUUCGCGCAAGGCGAGCGCGUGCGCGCGCUGCCGCACUGCAACCACGGCUUCCAUGUGCGCUGCAUUGACCGCUGGCUCGCCGCGCGGCAGACGUGCCCCACGUGCAGGCGGCCGCCGUUCGCCGGCGAACCCGCCUUACCGUCGGACCGAGCGGGCAGCGCCGGAGGGCUGCAGCUGCUGGUGCACAGUGACGCCAGACAGCCCGAAACUCAUUAGCGUAAAGACAAAACGAUGAAGAAUGUACAGUGUUUGUGUGUAGUGAAUUUUUUUUGGACCGGCUGUCAUCUGUUAUACUCUGGUCACGAUCUUCUUCUUUUUCUUUUUCUUUUUUGUUAAAGUUGUAGAAGUGGCCUGGGUUCCAUGCAUGGUGACUGACUUAACCUGCAGGAGUAAGUUUUAUGCAAUUGCAAAUAUAUGUGGUGCGGUUUAAGUUUGUGUAUACGAGAAUAUUGUAAGUUAAGAGUUUAUUU